CAGUUGAUCGCGGAUCGUGGCUGUGAGGAGUUGCAUUCUACCUUUGAAAAGGCAGUCAAGUGUUCUUAGUUCUUAUAAAAAGGUCGAAAAUGCUGCUUCUAUGCAUUUCUCUAGUAUUAUUUUCCAUCGGAUGGGAGUCUGCAGGAGCGGCCCAAAUUCUUGGGUUAUUCGCCCAUCCUGGCAAGAGUCACUUUAACUUCUUUCGCCCAAUCUUUACGGCCUUGGCGGAAAGGGGUCACAACAUUAGCAUGUAUAGCUAUUUUCCACUUGAGAAGCCAAUAGACAACUAUACGGACUACGUUUUCCAAGGGAUGCCGGUGCUUACAGAUAUUGUGGACUUACAGAACUUCGAAUCAGAUUGGAAGCCCUUAGGACUGCCCUUUAAGAUACCCACUUACUUCAUGCUCCAUGACUGGGGCCUUCGAUCCUGCAAAGUGGCCUUGAAUUCACCUCUCAUCGCUCAACUUCUGGCGUCUCCGAUCCGAUUCGAUGUGGUCAUUCUUGAGCACUUUUCCAACGACUGCAUGGCAGCUGUGGCCCACCUCUUGGGGGCUCCCAUGAUCGCCCUGAGUAGCUGUGCUAUAAUGCCAUGGCACUACAAGCGGAUGGGCAGUCCGUUCAUAAACCCCAUCAUGCCCAUGAAUUUCCUGCCCUACACGGAUGAAAUGAGUCUGAUCCAUCGAAUCAACAACUUCUUUCAUUUCCACUCCGUCAGUAUUCUCUACAACUGGAUUACCCAACCAGCAACGGACGAGCUGAUAAAGCAUCGAUUCGGCAACGGCCUGCCGCCCAUUAAUGAGAUCGUUAAAAAUACCAGUCUGAUGUUGAUAAAUCAAUAUUACGCUCUGACUGGACCCCGUCCCUAUGCUCCAAAUGUCGUUGAAGUGGGAGGAUUGCAGUUGCGGGUCGAAAAGCCACUGCCACAGAAUUUAAUGGACCUUUUGGAUCGUUCUCGAGAUGGAAUCAUUUACAUAAGUUGGGGCUCUAUGGUGAACCCCAACACGUUGUCCCCAGCAAAGCGUAGUGCGCUCUUCGAGAGCAUUUCCCAAUUCAAAAAGUACAACUUUGUGAUGCGAUGGAAAUGUGACCCAUUGCUUUUGAAGGAGAAGCCUUCGAAUCUGUACAUUUAUGAUUGGUUACCCCAGAGAGAUUUGCUUUGUCACCCCAAAGUUAAGGGAUUCAUGUCCCAUGGUGGACUGUUGGGAACCACGGAGGCAGUCUACUGUGGAGUUUCAAUGUUAGUUACUCCGUUUUACGGAGAUCAAUUUUUGAAUGCUGGCGCUAUCGAACAACGAAAGCUUGGGAUAAUAGUGGACUUUGUCAAUUUCGAUACUGAGCAUAUAACUAGAGGGUUACAAGAAAUACUUGAUAAACAAUUCGCAGAAAAUGUAAAAAGAGCUUCGAGGGCUUUUCGCUUGCGCCCCAUCCCGCCUCUUGAAUUAGCAGUUUGGUGGAUCGAGUACGUAAUCGAAUCCGGAGGAGCACCACUUAUUCAAAACGAGUCCCGGAAUAUGCAUUGGAUUGUCUAUAAUUCGAUCGAGGUCUAUUUAAUCUGUCUGGGUGUCCUCUGUCUAGUGAGCAUAGGACUCUGGAAAUCCGUGAAGUUGCUAAGCAGAGCUCUAUGUCGUGUUAAAAACGAGGAAAAAUUCAAACCAAAACAACAAUAAAUUUAUAUUUUAUUAGUUAGUUUAUUAAAAAAAUAUCAAAACAACAAGUUUUUCUCGCUUAAUUAAUACAGCGAAACUUUGGAGGUCUGUGAAACUUUAAUGACUUUUGUAUGUUGUAUAAAAUUAAGAGUUAAAAUGGUUUUUAAAACCUUUCUCCGACAAAAUACCUAAUAUAUGUAUGUUGAAUGGAAUAUUCCACAGCCAAAAUGACAGUUCAAAAAUAUUUAUAGUAUAUAAAUCACCUAUGUUAUAUAUGUUUAUUUUAUAUAAAAUCCGUUUGCGCCCCGAAAUUCGAACCUACAUAAUUCUUCCCAGAAACAGUAUCAAAAAAAGUAAACACCCUUGAGACAGACAUGUGAGAUUCUACUGAUAAACAACUGCCCCAAUAUAUUCUGUUGUUUUUGUUUCUGAUGGGGUCUCGUGCGCACUGUGCUCCACUCUCUCCCACUCUCACUCUCUUGCCAGAGAAUCAAUAAGCUUCCGACAAAGAUCAGUGAUGCCAAAAAAUACACACGAUUUCAGAUAUACUAGCGAUAAUGUUUAACGGUCUACGGUGGCUACUAACUGGAGUCCUAUGCCACUGGAGGAGCAGCAAUAUCAGUAGUGUUAUGUACAUAAUUUUAAAACAUUUCGAAAACUUAUUGAUCGGAAAUUAGAAAUUUUAAACAAAAUAAAUAUAAAAAUUAGAAUA